AUGCAGAGAAAACAAGGGCGGGGAUAUUCUGGGCAUCUCCCACGCUUGAAGCCGGUCGAGCAAGAUCCGCUCGCAGAAUACGGCCUACCCUCCAAAGGCGAGAAGAGACUCCUCUCUCCCAAGGUCCAAGAAUCCUAUUACACUCAAAUAACCGCCCGUUACCUCGCCUUCUGCACCGCCGCCGGCGACCGGGAUAACCUACAAAAGCAAUUUGCACGCCUCUCCUUGACCGGCGGCGACAGCAAGAGCAGCAGACCCUCGCAGUUGCAGCCCCUCCCGUCCCCGUUACUAUCACCGUCACCCCAGACGGAACAGCCAGCUGCCCACCCCGAUAGCGAGCAACACCAGCACCUUUCCCAGAUCCUCUCGGCCCUCCGCAAACUGCGCGAAGCACUAGUCGCCUCCAACCGGCGCGACCACUUCGCCGUCCAGGUCUACCUCUUUUCCGCGCGCCUGGGCAUCCUAGCAUCCGCAUACGAGACGUACUAUCCUGCGCUGCUGCAGCUCCUCCGAUGGCGGAAUAGGCACGGCGAUGUCGCCGCCGCCGCCGCCGCCGCCAACGACAACGACGACGGCGCCCUGACGUCGCUCGAGCGGCAAGAGGUGGUGGGCUACCUGGUGCUGGACGCGGCGUGCCGGCGGGGGGACCUGGCGGGGGCGUACCGGCUGCGGCACGAGCAGGGGCUGCGGGACGGGCGGGUGGACGGGGCGCUGCGGGCGCUGGCGGCGGACAACUGGGUGGCGUGGCGGCGGGUGCGGCGGCAGGUGGACGGGUACCGGGCGCGGCUGAUGGACUUUGCCGAGGCCCGCGUCGUCGUGCUCCACACGCUCAAGGCCUUCGCCCGCGCCUACCACUCGGUGCCCCUCGGCGUGCUCGAGGAGCAGACGGGCUGCGCCUGGGCCGACCUCAAGGAGAGGUUCGGCGUCGGCUGGGAGCUGGACGCCGGGAACGUCGUGAUUCGCAAGGUCAAGGGCAGGUGA